AUUGCUUAAGAUACCUCUUUCAAGAACAUUGGUUAGAUAUCAUGACUCCAGGGGGUGAGGGGUCGCUUUUAAUCCACUUUUUUUUUCUUUCUUUUUUCCUGCACAAGUUAAGAACACCUGCGUUUAACUCCUAGAAUGUCAGCCAAGUCCAAAGGGACCCCCGCCUCGUCCUCUCCAGCCGAGGGACCGCCGGCAGCCUCCAAGACCAAGGUGAAGGAACAAAUCAAGAUCAUCGUGGAGGAUCUGGAAUUAGUCCUGGGCGACCUGAAGGACGUGGCCAAGGAACUUAAGGAGGUGGUUGACCAGAUUGAUACCCUGACCUCUGACCUACAGCUGGAGGAUGAGAUGACCGACAGCUCCAAAACGGACACACUGAAUAGUAGCUCCAGCGGGACAACAGCCUCCAGCAUAGAGAAGAUCAAAGUGCAAGCCAAUGCCCCCUUCAUUAAACCCCCAGCCCACCCAUCUGCUAUCCUCACGGUCCUGAGAAAGCCAAACCCUCCACCGCCUCCUCCACGGUUGACCCCCGUGAAGUGUGAAGACCCCCAAAGAGUGGUGCCCGCUGUCAAUCCGGUAAAGACCAAUGGUACCCUUCUGCGAAACGGAGGCUUCCCAGGGGCACCAAACAAAAUUCCAAACGGAGACAUCUGCUGCAAACCCGGCAGUAUUGUGGACAAGGCACCAGUGCAACCUCUGAUGCACAGACCUGAAAAAGACAGGUGCCCCCAAGCAGGUCCUCGGGAGCGAGUUCGGUUUAAUGAAAAAGUGCAGUACCACGGCUAUUGCCCUGACUGUGACACCCGGUACAACAUAAAAAACAGGGAGGUCCACUUACACAGUGAACCUGUGCACCCACCAGGAAAGCUCCCUCCCCAAGGCCCUCAUCACCCCCCUCCCCCUCAUCUCCCUCCUUUUCCGCUAGAAAAUGGGGGGCUGGGAAUAAGCCACAGUAACAGCUUCCCCCCUCUCAGACCUGCAACUGUGCCUCCUCCCACUGCACCAAAACCACAGAAGACGAUCUUGAGGAAAUCAACCACUACAACAGUGUGAUGUAUGCCAUUUAAAAAAACUUUUUGUUUUUUUUAAAUUUCUAUAUUAUAACGUAAAAUAAUAAAUAAUGAGCACUUUCUACUCAAGCAAUAAAAAGCCCAAAUAUAUUUAUCCUGCAUUCAACAAAGUGGCAUAAAAAUCACCUGGUAAGUAUGCAGUAUGUUGUUUAUAUCCUGAGUAUACAUUGUUAAAAACAUUACUUCACCAAAACCACAGCAUAAUGCAAAAACUGAAUAUACUGUUUUUUCAGUUGACCUGUGACAAACUGUGACCUGUAGAUUUCAUAUAUUUUGAUUUACUAUAAGAGAUGGGAUUAGAUUCAUUUUAUUCAUGCCUCACUCAUCUAUGCAUUAAUAACAUGCCGUACUCUUUAACUUUGACCGAAUGCUUUUUAAUAAGAAAUUUUAAUACUGAAGGACUAUUUUAUUAUUUUUUUCUAAAUAUAUUUGUCACUAGUUUUGCAUUAUUAAAUGCUGAGAAUAAUAACAGAAAGUUUAUUUUCUCUACUCUACAAUUAUGACUGUGUGUUCACCGAUAUAUGUAAUGAAAGAUUAUGGUCUGUGAAACUAUCUUAUGUCAAUAAACAACGGUAAAUAAUGACAAAAGCCAAAUGUUCCUCAGAAUUA